GCCUCGGGCACCGAGCCUUCCCGGAGCCGGCCGCCCUGGUUUGCUCUGCAUCUACUAUGUUACGUUUCGCGUAGUCGGCUUCUGGGAGGCGAGAGACAGGAGGCCCCUCGGAAGAUCGCACGUCCCUCCCAGCCCCGGCGGGACCCCGGGGUUACUCGCCGAUGGAAGAAGAGAUCGCGGGGCCGGCCUUCGGGGAGGGGUCUCUUCGCUGAUCCCGUCAACAGGGCGGCCCUGGUCUGCGGCUGCAGAAGAGGAGAAUUAUCAAAUGCGAAGAAAAGUAACUGCUAAAGUGCACAGUGAGGCUGGCGCUCCCUGGGGUAAACCGCUGUUAGUGAAACAUGACAUGUGUUGUCUUUGCAUGUUACCUUUUCUAGAGACAGGACGAGAUUAAAAGAGGGAUCCAAAUAAAUGAUAAAUCUUUGAAAUGGUGGGUUGCUGAUUAGCCCGAUUUGAUCACACCUCAACGUGUACAUGUAUUGAAUCGUCACACUGCACACCGUAAUAUAUGCAAUUACUAUUGAUCAGUUAAUUAAAAAUAAAACAGAGAGACGGGGGUAUCCAGUCUGCUCUUUUAUGUGUAGAAUAGACAGCCCAGGCCAGGCGGAGGGUACAGAGGAGUUAGCCGAGGUGCUGAAUGCCUGAAAUGAGUUUUCCAGCUGGGAAGGCUGCAGCAGCGUGGAAUUACCGGUGGUGAUAGACAUACUUAGGGCUCGGAAAUUAAGCAGUGCUGGAAAGAAGAGCUUAGAAACCCGUGCCUGUAAAUAACCCGGAGGACACAAAGCUCAGGCUUAAACUUCACUGAAAGGUUUUGAGCAAUUUACAUUUGUGCCUAGGGUAGGCUCCUAAAUAUUUUCCAGAACAUAAAAGGUUCACUCCGACACUAUAGCAAGUGAAAUUCCAAAGAAUUUACAACAGCAGCUGUAAGACUGAAAUUAAACUAUGCUAAAGUAUCUCACUCAAGAAGCAGCACAACCGCGCCGCUGACUCCCGGGGUCGGGCUCGAACGGUCGGCCUGCCCGCCUGAGUCCUGCACACUACCAAAUAUCUACUUCACUCUCAGAGUAAAUCUGGCCGAUAAUUACAAACUUUUUCAACGUUAACGGUGUCAGACUUGAAAAAAAUAAGGAUGUAAACUCUUGCUUGUUCCUAUCUCUUCAACAAGUAAAGGUGGUGGUUGUUGUUA